UCCGUCUCUCCUUUCCAUUCCAUCUACUCUCUUUUCUACAACAAACAUGGCCGCGAAAUCAGACGGUACAGCCGUUUCUUUGCAGAAUGACAUUCCGCCGACGUGCCUCCCCGGGCUGGAGAAGCGCUCGCCCCAGUGGCGUCCUGCCGGGAAGGAGUAUUCGCUCCUGGACUGUUGCUGGACCCUCUGCGCCCUCUUGGUCUUUUUCUCGGACGGGGCUUCAGACCUGUGGCUGGCUGCCGACUACUAUCUCAGGCGGGACUACUGGUGGUUCGCUCUGACACUCGUUUUUAUAAUAAUUCCGUCUGUGGUGGUGCAGGUGCUCAGCUUCCGAUGGUUCGCGUACGAUUACUCAGACGCCAACGGGAGCGGCACGGUUGCGGCUGCCAUGGUAGCGGCGUCCAAUGCGGAGAGCCACUUCAGCACCAAGGACAGCGAUCAGCGGGGCGCUGGCCGCUCCGCUGCGGUCACCGGAACCCGGAGCAGGGCUCAGAGCUGCUGCAGAGCCUGCGUGUGGCUCUUCCAAAGCGUCGUACACAUUCUUCAGCUGGCACAGGUCUGGAGGUAUGUCCAUGCCUUAUAUCUGGGCGUGCAAAGCCGCUGGCGUGGGGACCACGAGCACAAACACUUCUACUGGCGUACGAUGUUCGAGAACGCUGACAUCAGCAUGCUGAGGUUGCUGGAAACCUUCCUGAAGAGUGCACCUCAGCUCGUUCUGCAACUCAGCAUUAUGGUCCAGACUGGCCAGGUCCUCCCUUUGCAGGGUCUGUCUGCGUCAGCCUCUCUGGUGUCUCUGGCCUGGAUGAUGGCGUCUUAUCAGAAGGCAUUACGGGACUCUCGUGAUGACAAACUUCCCAUGUCGUAUAAAGCAGUGGUGGUGCACAUGCUGUGGCACCUGUUCACAGUGGGAGCCCGCGCCAUGGCCUUCGCCCUCUUCGUUUCCAUCUUCCAGCUCUACUUCGGCAUUUUCAUCGUGGCCCACUGGUGCGCCAUGACCUUCUGGAUCAUCCAAGGUGAGACGGACUUCUGCAUGUCCAAGUGGGAGGAGAUCAUCUACAACAUGAUGGUGGGCAUCGUGUACAUAUUCUGCUGGUUCAGCGUCCGUGAGGGCCCCACUCGGUGCCGUAUGCUGCUCUACAGCCUCAUAGUGCUGGGCGAAAACGUGGCCCUCACUGCCGUGUGGUUCAUAUACCGCAGCCCGCGCACUUCGGACUUUUACGCCGUGGUGGUGGUGUGUGUAGUGGCCUGUAGCUAUGCUCUAGGCACAUUUUUUAUGUUUGUCUACUACUGCCUGUUGCACCCUGACGGCCCUGUGUCUGGAGCCUAUCUUGGAUGUUGUGGUGUCCAGGUGGGUGCUGUUUCAGAUCCGUGUAUCUCGUCGCCAACCUCCGUUCCUCCUCUGGACGCGGUGAGCAGCCCACCACGGACUCUGCAGAGGACUAAAGGAGGAGAGUCAGUACAGAGAGAAGACAUUGGAGAAGUGUUUAAGAUGCGGACACUUAAGGCCUCACGAACCGCCGCGCCUCGCCUCACCCCAAGGACAGAGGGGCCGGUAAUUCGUAUCGACCUUCCCAGAAAGCAGUACCCAGCCUGGGACGCCCACUUCAUUGACCGCAGACUACGAAAAACCAUUUUGGUUCUGGAAAGUGCCGCUCCGGUCACACCGAGGAUCCAGUACCGAUGUCUAGGCACACCCAAGGAAGUGAUGGAAUAUGAGACGACAGUCUGAAACGUUCUUAGCUUCUAAAAAAAGAUGUAAUGUAUUAGCGUGCAAAAAAAAAGUCUGUUCUCUUCAGCUUUGUUUGGUGGAUUUUGUCAGAUCUCCACAUGACCUCUUAUUGACUCUUAUUGUCAGUGGAAGAACAUUAUGCACUAGUGUCUAGAAAAGAGCCACCCUGUGGUGACAUUAGACAUUACCACAGGUUAUUGGGUUAGGAGGCCAGGCAGGGGUUCAAUUCGAGCAAGUUUAUGAAAAAGCAGUGAGGCCACGGUAAAUGUAUCAUGAAUAAAACAACAUAUCAAUGUGGUACAUUAACAGCAAUGGUGCUUAAACACAUCCUAAACACAGUUUCAAACCAUUCUGGGUGUUUUUAAAUCUCUUGUGGCAGCUGCUGUAAACCACAAUUACUGAAUCCACUUGGUCACAGUUUGUUGGCUGUUGAGGUUGUAAUAGGUACAAGUACAACGUGUGAGUUGUCUCAUUAAAGGCCUUAAUCAACUUUCUUAUGUUUGGCUAUUCAGCAUCUAAAAGGUGCAUUUCACCCUUCCUCAGUGGCUAAUGUUUAAAACAUUGAUGAAUAUAUAUGAAAACAUUUUGAUUCUGUGGUCUAUAAAGAAAGAUGGAAGGGUUGAGCUUCUGAUAACAUCAUGAGGCAUUUUAUUAAGCACAAAAUUGCUGCCUUUAAGAAAAGUGAUCAUACUUUGCUUGCAACAAAGACCCUUUAUGAUUUAAAAAAGAAACUAUAGAACAAUAAUCAAGGUCUCUUUCAGUGGACAUUUCUGCUCACCUUUCAAGUGAAAAAUUGUCAUAGAUUUUUUUAUGUUCUCAAAGGACAUUUGUGUCAUGAUGGAAAUAAUGGGUCUGAUGCUGAAAAAUGGCUGAGUGCACCUUUAAAGAGAAUUGAAUGAAUGUUCAUCUCAAGGACAAAAAACCCUGAACAAGCUGGUUUAUAUGCCUGUAAUAUGAACGUAUGGUAAUACGCAGUAUUUCAAAUAUGUUUAAGCUAUCAAAGAUUUUGAGGUCAAAUUUUAAAGUACUUGUAUGACAGUUGAAGGGAAGGAAAUCAUUUAGCAUAUGCUUUAAAAUUGUUCUCUUUUUAUGGAUUAAUGAAAAGUUAUCAGCGUUAUGAUUAUGCCAUUUCAUGUCAUUUACAUAAUUUGGUGCAAUAAUACUCAUAUGUUUGAAUAUUGAAUUUGAAAAUUUUGUAUGCCUAUGAACAAAUCCAUUCAGUCUCUUUAUCUCAUUUUAUUUAACAUUUUAAUUCAGUUAAUAACUUUUCAGUGUUUUUUUCUUACAUUUGGUCAUGAAUACAUAGAGCAGUGAACCUGCUGUGUACAAAAAUAACAUUUUUUGCAUUGAUUGACUAUUGGGUUUUUGAAUAGAAAGAUGAUGAAUAAUCUGUGGGUUUGUGCUGUUUACACUGAUAUCAUGUAAUUGCGAAGUCCACUGUAACUACACACCUUGCCAUAACCAUUACGUACGUCCAUAUGUGUAACCAUGUUGGUGCUAGCUGGAACACCUCAGCACAGCCUCUGUAUCCUGUACUUUAUCAAUGUGGAUCAAUCUCGUUCACUCUGGUUAAUGCUGGAUUUGACCAUAGACACGCUGAAAGACGUUAAGCCUUACACUGCACCUGCAAGACUGUUGCCGUCGACUGUAAAAAGGAUGUCGAUCUUCAGCCAUGUGUUUUAUUUGGACAAUAAAGCAAGCAAAAUUGUGUGUUUACCGACCUGACCAAA